CCCAGGCUGAGUAGAACCGACAGGCCAACACGCAACAUGGAAGAAUUUUUGCAGCGUAUCAAAACAAAGCUGAAUCGAAAUAAACACUUGGAUCAAGUGCACGUAGUCCUAGGAAAGAAGUGUGAUGUGGAUUCUAUUAUUUCUGCUUUAACAUAUGCCUACUAUCUUGAUAAGGUCAGUCCACCUGACAUCCUAUGCUUACCAAUAGUGAACAUACCAAGAAGAGAAUUCUGCUUCUACACGGAAACAAAGUUUAUUUUGGAGGAACUGAAUAUUCCAGAGACUCUUCAUGUUUUCCAGGAUGAAAUCAAUUUGCAUCAGCUGAAUAAUGAUGGGAAAUUGUCUCUGACUCUUGUGAAUAACAGUGCACUGACAAGUGAAGACAAAAGUCUGGAGUCAGCUGUUGUCAGAGUCAUCAACCCUGAAGAGCGAUCUGAUGGCAGCCUGGAGUUACUAGAAUCUUCUUCUUCCUUAGUAGCAAAAGAGAUUCUCCAGGAGGCACCAGAGUUAAUCACUCAGCAACUGGCUCAUCUCCUCAGAGGCAGUAUCCUAUUUAAAGCAAUUGCUAUGGAUCCUGAAAGAAUGCCUGAAGAACAGGAUGAAGUGCUUUCCAGAUUGGAAGAGAAAUUCCCAGAGCUGCUACCUCGUGAUGAGAUUAUAAGUGCUCUAGAGGAGGCUCAGUUUCAUGCUGAUGGACUCAGGAUUGAGGAGGCUGUUCUUAAGGAUCUUAAGGAGGUGUCAGAUGGAGAAAUAAAAGUUGCAGUUGGUACUGUAUCUAUGAAUCUGGAGGACUGCCUACUUCAUAGAAACAUGACUGGGGAUCUGAAAACAUUUGUAGAUAAAUACAGUUUUGAUGUCCUUGUCAUUUUGGCUAGCUACUUUGCAGAAGGAGGACAGCAAAAAAGGCAAAUAGCAGUUUAUUCAGAAAACAUGGAACUUGGAAAUCAAAUUUGCUGUGAGUUAGAAGAAUGUCAUAGUCCUUGCCUGGAGUUGGAUCCUCUUGAAUAUGGAUGUGACCAACUACUCAUUUAUCAACAAGAAAAUUCUUUAGCAAAUUUUGAUGAAAUUUUUCUGUUAAUGAAAGAUGUUAUCAGCAGGAGACAUCCUGAAAUGGCAUCAAACAGUCGAACAUCUUCCACUGAAGCUGUUGCUGGGAGUGCCCCACUUUCUCAAGGGUCUUCUGGAAUUAUGGAGCUGUAUGGUUCUGAUAUUGAGCCACAGCCAAAUGCUGUAAACUUCAUAGAAAACUCACAAGAUCAUAAUGCACAAGCCCUUGCUGAUGUUAACAUUGAUCUUGUGAGUCCAGACAGUGGACUGGCUACUAUCAGAAGUAGUAGAUCUUCUAAAGAGAGCUCUGUUUUUCUGAGUGACGAUAGCCCAGUAGCAGAAGGUGCUGCAUCUCAUCACAGUUUCCUUUCUGGUUUUGAUUCCUAUAGUCCUAUUCCUGAAGGAGCCAUAGCUGAAGAAGAAAAUUCACAGUCCAGAAAUGGCAGUGAUAAUUUUGAUCUUUUCAGUUUUGAUAUAGCACCAAUGGCAACAGUUCAGAUUGAGUCUUCAAAUUCUAUGGACUGUUCCCCUGCUGAUGAUUUCUUCCACGAUAAUGGUUCAUCAGAAGAACAGCCACUGUCUGAUUCUAAAGAAACUGAUGAAGCAAAUAUAUCAGCACAAGACAAUCAAUAUUAUUUAACUGAUCUAUUAAUAGCAACAAAUGGAGAAGAUGAAUAUAGCCACAGAAAAGAAAAUUCUAGAGAUAAUUCUAAAAAAAAAUCAAGUGCUGACUUGGAAAGUGAUUCUUUCUCUUGUCCUGAAGUGCUGAAAAACGUUGAGGGAACUCCACCAACUCCAGUGAACAGCCUUGUGGAAAGUUCACCUUUAGCUAGUGGGCCACCUGUAUUUUAUCCUCAAGAUGUAAUUAAAAAAAUCAUUGACAUGGAACCUGUGAACAGUUCUCAGUCUCACGUUAGAUGUAGUAGCUGGUGGGAUGGCUUUGACUUAGAUUCCAAAAAUCCUGAUGCAUGGAGUUCAACGGAAGUAGAAUCUGUUUUUCAGAGUCCCGAUUCAUGGAAAGAUUAUAAAGCAAGUGCAUUACUGAAACAGCAAGUUGACAGAAGGGCUUCAGAUUCAGUAUGUAUGCAAAAACAGCCAAAGCAUAUGGAAUAUUCAAGAGCAGGCAUUUGGGAGAACCAGUUUAGUCCAGCCCAUAAUGAGCAUGCCUUAGAGUGUCAACAAAAAGUCAAUGAACAACAAGAACAAGACUUUACUAACACAUGGAAUUCCAGAAAACCUAUUCCUGUAAUAUCUGAUCCAUGGUGUAAUGAUGGAUCAGAUAUUGGAUGCCCCAAAGCAAAUUCUCCUAGUAAUUUGUCAAAGGUUGGCCAUGAUGGCUCAGAGCAUUCAGAAGGAAUAUGGGAUGCAGCUCAAGUAGACUUUGAUCAGAUUUCACUAAGGAAUCUUGAUACAUGGACAAAAGAUAGUAUAACAAACCACCAGCUUGAAAAUCAAAACAAUCAAGGAGAUCCAGGAUCUGAAAGCAAAGGACAAGAUAGGACAACAGAAGAACACAGAUUAUAUGAACAUGUGAAAUUUGAUAUUGGUAAUAUGCAGGAGGUUGUUAAAUUUUCUAUGGAACAUCAAAACAACACGGUACAUGAGCCAGAGCAGUUUGAGAGUACAGGUAGCUGGGGCAUAUAUGAUACAAAUGUCAGAAAAGAAAUACUUGGAAGCCUUGUACCACUGGAAGAUCCCUUCUUGUCAUACAGAGAUUCAAACUUUAUCUCAUCAGGUACAUGUGAAGAUGUGGUUGUUUCUCCCCCAGAUACAAAUUAUUCAUCUGAUUCGUAUGUAUCUCCAACGGGGGCUGGGGAUGAAAGAGAAGGUGAAGGUCAGCAUUCAGAAGGAAAAUCAAUGCUUGACCACAUUGUUAACUCAAGCUCACGUGAGCAUGAAACAAAUAAAGUAGCAGAUGAAAAAUUAUCACAGCCAUCUCCUAUAAGUCCAUCCCUUUCAAACAAUGAAAACACAGACCCCUGGAAAUCAUCAUUGAAUGAGGCCCAAAUGGAAGAUGUACAGUCUGACAGCAUGCUAGGUGCAGAUACUAAGACAGGCUCACUUGAUUCAGACCAAAAGGGCAACAGACAUUUUUCAGAUAAUUACAGUCUUGAUGGAGGUAGCCCUUCUAGUUCUGGAGACUGUGAAAUGAUGCUGAUUUCUAAACAAAAAAAUAGUGAUUUAGCUCUAAGCAUACCCACAGCAGAAGCUGAAAUAGGCAGCAGAGUGAUUCUUGAGGAUACACAACCAAUUAGAAAUAUUCCAGAUGUAGCGGGGAGUUUAGAUUUGGAAACAAGUAUCUUGGAAAGCACCAUUUCAUUUAGUGAUCAUGUAAAGGAAGUCAAACUUCCAGAUAAACAGUUAAGUCAAAAGGAUGAACAGCUUCAGCGGAAUGAACAGAUUGCUGGGAAACACAGUAACAUUUCAUUUGUUUCAGCAGAGGGAGUCAACGAAUGUAAACUAACAGAUGAGGAAAGUGGAGAAGUCACAAUUAACAAUAUUAAGACUGACAUUAUACAAAAUGACAAUACACCACUGUCACUUCCUCUCCCUCUGUCAUGUGCUAAUAAUAUAGAGGAAAGCAAGACAACUUCUGAUUAUCCCAGCUCACCAGAUAGUUUAGAAGAAGUAGGAACAGAACCAUCAGAAACGAAUAUACCAUUUCCAAAUCAGAUUCAUCCUGUCAUUAAGGAAACGAAGAGAGUACCUUUAGAUGGCAGUUCAGAAUGUUUUUCUGUAUUUCCCAAAGAAGAUAUCAGACACUUGGUACACUUUUACAUAGCAGAUGAUUAUAAUGAAGCAUCUCCAUUCGAUUUUAAACAUUUUGAUGAAGGUCAGUCUGCCCAGAGCAUAACGAUCCCUAAGAUGGAAAGUUUUUCUUCAAGUUCUCCCAGUGAGAAAAACACCCAAGAAAAACAGGUUUCAAUAAAAGAAAUAGUUAACAACCAAGAGGUAUGGAAUGAAUUAGUGAACAGUAGCUAUAUGGCAUCUGGUUCUUUGCCACAUGGAACAUCAAUAUUAAUAAGAAAAAAUCAGGAAUUCUUAUUUGAAAAAUUGGAUCCCACCAUGAGUAUUUGUAAGUUUGACUUAGAAGCUCCUGAAAACAUCUCAGAGGUGAGCAGUGAAUAUGAAACAACUUUGAAAAAUAAAAAUCAAGAUAUUGAAAUGCCACAGAAUCCAUUUGCAGAAUGUAGUGAAUUCCAAGAUGACUUAGAAGCUCCUGAAAACAUCUCAGAGAAUCCAUUUGCAGAAUGUAGUGAAUUCCAAGAUGACUUAGAAGCUCCUGAAAACAUCUCAGAGGUGAACAGUGAAUAUGAAACAACUUUGAAAAAUAAAAAUCAAGAUAUUGAAAUGCCACAGAAUCCAUCUGCAGAAUGUAGUGAAUUCCAAGAUAGUUCAGAUAUGAAUGAAACAAAUCAUUCAUUGUCAUGUGAAAUGAAUUCUUUUGAGACAACUACAACUUCUGAACGUUUGGAGUUUAAAAAUAAACUUUCAAAUGGAAAAAUAAUUGAUACUGAGCCUCACCAUAAAUUGUUUCAAAUUCUAGAUGCAUGGAAUGUAUCAGUGAAUGAACAGAUGAAAUCUGUUGAAAUAACUCCAGACAUAUGUGAAGACCUUGAAACAUUAGAUAGAAUAAAUAGUUUCCCAUCAGAUAUUCCAACAAAAAACACCUACAAGGAAGACAACCCCCGCAGUGGUUCCAUUCAUGAGUAUACACACUCAAGUGCAACAAGUCUUGAUAUAAGUGAUUCUUCAACAAAUAGGCAUAUUUGGGAUAAUUUGCAAACAGCUAAUAUUCAAAAAGAAAAUAAAGAUGUGUGGAACUUCCCAAAUGAUACUGAGUUAAAAGCCUAUGGAAAAGAAAACCUUGAAAAUAAAAGCCAGGAAGAUUCUGAAACAAGCACUGAUCAUAAAGUUCCUAAAAACUUAGAUCUUUGGAAUUCACAUGUGGAUGAUGAUACAGAAUCAUCUUUAUCUAGUCCUGGAAUAGAUGAGUAUUCAGAUUACUCAAAUGUCCAUCCAGCAGGGAUACAUUCAAGUUUAUACUUGAACCAAUUGGAGGAUACAGUUAGUGACAUUGCAAAACAGGACAAUUUACUGUCUAUUGGUACAAAUCUUGACAUUGAUUCAAAAUGUUCUGGUGUUGACUCUCAUUUGAAGAAAAAGGUCCAUAUGGCCAUUUUAAAUAAAAGUUCUGAAGACAUUAAUAAGUGUAACACUUUGAGGGAGGAUAAUGUUGAUGAAACCUCUGAAUAUUCAGCACAUUGGGAAACAAUUCAAGAUAAAAUACCUCUAAGUAUUUCCCAAGAACAACCACAUGACACAUGUCCUUGGAAUUAUAUAGUGCAUAGUCAUAACGCACAAAGUGCUGCAGUAAAUCAUGAAGAAAAUGACACUUCAAAGAAUCCAGAUGCUUGGGAUGUACUACUGCAGCAUCAUUCUGAAAAUGAAGGAGGAAAAGACCAUAAGUGCAUAACUCUUGGAUUUCCAGAUGAUUCUUCAGAAUGGUGGAACAUACAAAAUCAUAAUGAGAGACUUAUACAAGGUCAGCAAUUUAACUCUGAUGACUUCCAGAUUAAUGAAACAGUAAUCAAUGCCAAUGAGGCAUACAAGCAAAAAAAUGAAAAACUAAGAGAAUUAAAUUUCACUGAUACAGCUAAUGAAGAAAAUGAAUUUACUCAACAUAAUAACGAACGUGAGCAUACAAAGGAAGAAUGCUCUCUGAUUAGCCAAAUGGAUGGAUUAGAUUGUGAUGCUGUUACCUUCGAAGAAUGUGGUCCACUGUCACCACUAUACAAGAAUGAAGGAGAUAUAAAAGAAGAUAAAGCUAUUAUUGGUCAAGAUACUCUUAAACAAUCUAUUCCAGAGGAUAGUCAGUCAAGCCUGUUAAAUUCAUUCACUCCUGUAGUUCCAAAACUAGGUUUGUUGAAUGAUAGUAUGAAUGUAACAUCUGGCUGUCCAGUUGGCAUAAAUCAAUUUGAUCCAAAUCUUUUGGACAUUAGUGAAAAACCUCAAUCUGACCCUUUAAAAACAGCAAGAAAUUUCAGCCCAAUGUGUGAUGAAGAUAGUGUUCCUCAAAAGGACAAAUUUGUUCCAGAUAUAUUACAAAAUAAUACCCUGGGGGAUUUGCAGGCCUUCACUGUUGAGCCUGAUUUGUGGACUGAUGUUGAACAGCCUUUCAUCUUGAGAACAAAUAGAGAAAAUCCUGAUAUAUUAAGUCAUUGUGAUCAAGACAGCAGUUCACAAUCCUCAGGCAGUCCUUAUGUUUGCCAGGAGUAUGAAAGCAAGCAAACAUAUGCAAAGUCUUCAAUUCUAGCAGAGCCUGAAGAAACCAUUCAGAUGUCUCCCCUGUCAUCUGAUAUAUAUGAAGAUACAGACUUCACUGUCAAACAACUGGCAGUUGACAGAGAAUCCCACACUGAAACAAGCAGUUCAUGUUUCUUAACUAAUGAUGAGUCAAGAUUUGAUGAGUCUUACCGAUUAAUGUCUUUUAGAACUGAAGAACCAUCUGAAAUUGGAAGGGACAAUAUCAUGCAAGAAUGUAAUGAAACAAACAAAUACAGUGUUGAACAAAUGUCUUUGGCAAGUUCCUGCACUGAUAUUUUGGAAACAUUAUCCCAAUAUAUGGAAAACAAUAAAGUUGAAAAUAAAAACCUUGAGGAAAAGCAAGACCCAGCUUCCAGAGAUGCAAUUAAGUACCCAGAUCAUGUUGUCACUUCAGGUUUUUCCGCUGAUCGCUCUGUAUAUGGUACGUUUCCUGACAGUAAUCAGAUUCCAACCUUUGAUCUUACAACAGGAACAACUGAUAAAUGGGAAACAUCAGACAAGUGUACUGGUAUCAGUGAAGCUGGAGGAAAACAGAGCAUCAGUGAGACACAAAUUAUUGGUAGCUCAUCUACCAUAUUAAAUCAUCCAGCAAUGUUAGAUAAUGAACAAGAAGAGGAAACAGAGACGGAUAAAACACUCACAAAGAUAUACACACUCCAACCCUCCCAAGAAGAGGAGAGAGAAGAUUUUCUAAAUGGUGCAGGAAGUCAGUAUACUACUAAUUUUGUUCAAGAACAUGGAAACUUGCAAGAGAAUCAUAGUCCAUGCUUUACAGGAUCACUUAGUAAACAAUCAUCACUAGCUUGCACUUCUCCAUUUGAUGAAUCAUUUGCCAAAGAAUUCACUUUUCAGCAGGAUGACACAAACUUUGCAAAAUCUAACAGUAAAGAUAUUGAAGGUGAGAUUGAAGAAUAUUCUCCAAUCGAUCAAGGUUGGGGAUCACUGUUAGAAUCUGAAGUGUCACCAGAACUUCCAUACAGUUCCAAAGGAUUUGCACAAAAAACAGAAUUAAACAAUAUUGACACACAAACUCAGGCAGAUAAAAUGAACUUUUCAGAAUUUAAAACUAGUGAUGUUGAAGAACAGGUUGCAUUGCUUACUCAAGAAGAUCAAGGUUGGGGAUCCCUUUUGUUAGAAUCUGAUGAGCCUCCAGAUUAUUCAGAUAUUUUGAAAGAAUUUGAACAUGAAACAGAUUCAAGCAUUACUGAUUCAACAACUGGUGGAGUUGAAACGCUCUUUUCAGAAUGUAAACCCAGUGAUGCCAAUGACAAAGUUGGGGAAUGUUCUCAGGAAGACCAAGAUUGGGGAUCUUUACUGCUGGAAUCUGAAAUGACUCCUAAAUCAAUUGAUUCUCUGAAAGGAUUUGAGUAUGAAACAGAAUCAAUUAAUACAGAUUCUCCAGCAGAUGGAGCCAGAGGAAUAGCCAAUGAGGCUGUCUUCGAUACACAUAGUUGUGAUGGUGAAGGAUGCCAGCAUACUGAGAGCCCAGAGAUGAUAAGAAGGGAAGGAAGGGAACAUAGAAGGUUAAAGAAAGCCGAAGAUCAAUCUUCACUAGAGAUGGAUUAUGUGCUCACUACUGGUGAAGAAAAUGUAUCUUUGGGGAAAGAUAUCUUGGUAACACGAGAAAGUAAUUUUGCUUCACAGGAAGUUGCAGCAAUAGCAGAACAAAUAGAUUCUCUUGAAACCUUUUCAGCAGACUCCUCGGAUACAUUUCAGUCAAUCUCCAUAAUAAAUGAAAGUGAAGGGAAGUCUGCACAGGAGACUGAAUGGGAUUCUUUUUAUUUAGCAGAGAAAAAUCCUGCUGUUGUGCCUCAAAACCAAAGAGAAGAAAAGAAAUCGUCCCAAAGCCCAGUGCAAGAUCAAGAAUGGACUAUGGUGGGCCAAAAUGGAGUGGAUGAUAUAUCACCUGAAGAAAGCUGCAAUAGGACAGACACAAUAGAGGCACUGUCAAGACAUUCUGGUAAAGAAUUAGAAAAUGUUUUAAGCCAGGAAUUGAUCUAUGAGACACAAACUGAAACACUGCUAAAGAGAAAUCCUCACAAAUCACUAGAACAAGGGGAUGAAAAUUCACACAAUAAGGCAACAGAUGCUCUUUUAUUGCAUGUUGAUGCUGAUGAUGGUGAACUGGAUGUCCAUUCACAACAACUUCUUGGCAGUGGCAUGGUAACAGAACAAGGAAUGGAAAAGGAGACCCAGUUUGUUGGCAGUGACAAAGAACAUGAUCACAUACCAGGAUUGGUACUAGAGGAUGCGGGAAUGGAUAUCCCCUUUAAUGAGGCUGUACUAGACUCCAGCGAUACAGAACUGAGACUUGAACCUCCUAAUUCUCUAGAUCUUGAUGAAACCCAUCCUAGAAGAAUAAAACUUACAGCUCCAAAUAUCAGUCUCUCAUUGGACCAGAGUGAAGGUUCUGUCCUUUCUGAUGAUAACUUGGACACCCCAGAUGAAAUUGAUAUCAAUGUAGAUGAUCUUGAAACACCAGAUGAAGCUGACUCUUUUGAAUAUACUACAAAUGAAGAGCAGCCUGCUGUUGAUGAUGUUUUUCAAGAGGAAUCUGACUCAAUCCCAGAAUACACUGCUGAGGAAGAACGCAAAGACAACAGGUUAUGGAGAACAGUUGUCAUUGGAGAACAGGAACAAAGGAUUGAUAUGAAAGCCAUAGAACCAUAUAAAAAGGUUAUUUCUCAUGGAGGCUAUUAUGGCGAUGGUCUAAAUGCCAUCAUUGUGUUUGCUGCAUGUUUUCUACCAGACAGCAACCGAGCCGACUACAACGAUGUCAUGGAAAACCUUUUCCUAUAUGUAAUAAGUACCUUAGAGCUCAUGGUUGCUGAAGACUAUAUGAUUGUAUACUUGAAUGGCGCAACACCAAGAAGAAAGAUGCCAGGACUGGGGUGGAUGAAAAGAUGCUACCAGAUGAUUGACAGGCGGUUAAGGAAGAAUUUGAAAUCCUUCAUAAUUGUUCACCCUUCUUGGUUUAUCAGGGCAAUUCUAGCAGUGACACGGCCAUUUAUAAGUUCAAAAUUCAGCAGUAAGAUACAAUAUGUCAGCAGCUUGGCAGAGCUCAGUGAACUAAUUCCAAUGGAAUUCAUAAAUAUUCCUGAAAGUAUUGCCAAGUUUGAUGAAGACAGGUGCUUUCAGAGACGAGCAAGAUUGGAUGAAGAGAUGAGGGAUGCAUCAGCAAAAGCAAGCUGUCUUUCAAAUGAGCCAGAAGUAACUUCAGUACAGCAGGACACCGAAAUGAAGCUGAAAGAAAAUUCCUAACUUCCUCGGCAGUUUUCAGAAGAAGAUUUUUGAAUACACGAUGUGCCUAGAGGAUGGGGACAACCUGGCUUCUCCGUUGGGCACAACCUUCCAGGAGCCUUCUAUACUCAACCCACAUUUCUUUCUGUGAAGCCACUCAGAGCAAGAAAAAGCUCCUGAUGGAUUGCAAUCUUUAUUCUUUCAUUACUUAAUGCCAUUCAAAGCUUUCUGGGAUGAAAGAAGGGGCCAUUGCUCCUGUCAGACUGGCACCAAAUGUAUGUUUGUGACUUUCCAUAAUUUUCAGGAAUGUUCUUCCAAUAAGAAAAUCUAUUUCAUUAAUCAUUUUUUAAAUUCACAAUUAUGUUUCAAUUUUGCCAUUUAUGUGCCUCACCUUGUAAUUUUGUGCAUUGGGAUUGUUGUUCCUUUUUGUCUUCAACAUAUUAACAUAUGUGUCUAGUUAAAGCAAAAGUGAUAACCUUCAUUUAACAAGCUUUGCUUUUUCACAUCUAUGUCCCAAUCAUAUUAGCUUGGUUGGCAUUGAUAUGAACACAGAACUCUGAAGAAAGGGAGACUAAAAUUUGGUCUCUUUUCCAUCUUGCUCUGGGAACACAAAAUGUUAUCUAGUGUACAAGAGAACCUUUACGGUUUGUCUGUCCCUGUUAACUAUAAUUAUAUUCUUCAAAUUAUUCCCUCCAAAUUCUUAAAUAGUUAAUUUCACUAUAUCCAGAUACUGGGACAUGAACACUUUUCUUCUUUGUUAAGGAAAACAUCUGCCCUUAAGAAAGCUAAAAUUUCAGGAUGGUCCCCAACCCAUCUCAUAAAGUAGGAACUCAGCAUAUGAUUAAGACAUUCAUGGACACCAAUGAGAUCUCAAGCUAAAAGGAUACUGUAACAGAUGAAGUACCAUAUAUACUUGCAUAUAAGUCGACUUUUUCAGCACAUUUUUUGUGCUGAAAAAUCCCCCCCUCAACUUAUACGCGAGUGAGGUGUAUUUUAAA